AUGAAGUCCCAGUCAACCAUGAUUUGCUGUUUAAUGGUAUUCCUGACCACAGAAUGUUCUCUUUAUAGGGCCAAGAUCCACAUAAAAGAUGGAGAUAAAUGGCAACAUCCUGAAGAGAAACCCAAGACAGGAAGGAUACAAGAGAAAUGCCAUGGACCUUGCAUCACUUCAUCCAACUGCAGCCAGCCCUGUGCUCAAUCUUUUCGUGGAGAAAUAGGAUUUACAUGUAACCAAAACAAAUGGCAAAAAUCAACUGAAACGUGUACAAGCCUUUCUGUGGAAACACUCUUUCAGGACUUGAACAGUGUACCACGCCUUUCCAUCGCAGCGCCCUCCAUACCCCUGCACAUUCUUGACUUUCGUGCUCCUCCGGAGCCCCUGCAGAGCGUAGUGCAAGGAAUCCUCAGGAAUUGCCCGCAGGACUACGCCUGCAUAAUUGACGCCGUGAAAACCUCCGAAGCCACGUCUGGAAAUAUCGCAUUUAUUGUGGAGUUACUAAAAAACAUUUCUACAGACUUGUCUGAUAAUGUUACCCAAGAGAAAAUGAAGAGCUACAGCGAGGUGGCCAACCACAUCCUCGACACAACAGCCAUUUCAAACUGGGCUUUCAUUCCUGACAAGAAGGCCAGCUCAGAUUUGCUGCAGUCGGUGAAUUUGUUCGCCCGGCAACUCCACCUCCGCAAUGCCUCUGAGUACACUGUGGAUGAACCCUUCAUUCAGACGAAAGGGUUUUACCUCAGCCACAAUACAUCGUUGGAGGAAAGUUUCAGAUUCUCUGGGAAUGUGAACAAUACACCAGAGGAAAUCUUAGGAAUGAUAGAGAUUCCCAAGCACGAUCUGUGGAAGCUACCACCAAAUGCCUCCCAAGCCAUCACCAUAGCGUUUCCCACUUUGGGGGCCGUUCUGAAAGAAGAGCACUUGACCAAUGUGAGUCUUCCCCGGCCGGUAAAUGGCCUGGUUCUUUCGGUGAUUUUACCAGACAGAUUAAAGCAGAUCAUACUCACGUUCGAGAAGAUCAAUAAAUCCCUGAGUGCUAGGGCUCAGUGUGUUGGCUGGCAUUCCAGGAAAAGGAGAUGGGAUGAGAAGGCGUGUGAGAAGACGUUGGAUAUCAAGAACACAGUGAAAUGCCGGUGUAACUACACCAAUGCAGUGAUGUCUUUUUCCAUUCUAAUGUCCCCCAUAUCGAUAGAUGACAAAAUCCUGGAUUACAUCACCUGCAUUGGGCUCAGCGUCUCCAUCCUUAGCUUGGUUCUUUGUCUGCUCAUUGAAGCUACGGUGUGGUCCCGGGUUGUUGUGACAGAGAUAUCAUACAUGCGCCACGUGUGUAUCGUGAACAUAGCCGUGUCGCUCCUGACUGCGAAUGUGUGGUUCAUCAUAUCCUCCAACUUUAGCAAAAAGGCCUGGGACCACAAGUGGUGUGUUGCAAUGACAUUUUUUAGCCAUUUUUUCUACCUCUCUCUGUUUUUCUGGAUGCUCUUCAAAGCUCUGCUCAUCAUCUAUGGAAUAUUGGUCGUUUUUCAUAGGAUGAUGAAGUCCCGCAUGAUGGUCAUUGGUUUUAUCAUUGGCUAUGGGUUCCCACUGAUCAUCGCUGGCACCACAGUUGCUAUCACAGUGCCAGAGCAAGGCUACAUGAGACAUGAUGCCUGUUGGCUUAACUGGGACAAUACCAAAGCCCUUUUAGCAUUCGCCAUCCCAGCCUUGGUCAUCGUGGCCGUGAACCUUCUUGUGGUUUUGGUUGUUGCCGUCAACACUCAGAGGCCCUUUAUCGGCAGUUCCAAGUCUCAAGAUGUGGCCAUAAUUAGGAGGAUCAGUAAAAAUGUUGCCAUCCUCACCCCACUGCUGGGACUGACCUGGGGUUUUGGGAUAGCCACUCUCAUCAAAGGCAAUUCCUUGGUAUUCCACAUAAUCUUUGCCCUGCUCAAUGCUUUCCAGGGGUUCUUCAUCUUGCUGUUUGGAACCAUUAUGGAUCACAAGAUAAGAGAUGCUUUGAAGAUGAAGAUGUCUUCACUGAAGGGGCCAGCAAGAGUAGCAGAGAAUGCAUCAUUAAGUCCAACCAAUGGAUCUAAAUUAAUGAAUCGUUGA